AUGCAUAAAAUAAGGACAAGGUGUCAAGUAAAAGCCAUAGACCUGUUGGUGUUCAUCGAAAUUAUGAAGUUGAUAAUUGUCAUCGCUGUAACUGUAUUUGGGAUUGUCAACGCUGCUUUAACUCUGAAGCGUGCAGAUAUCGUUGAUGGCAAUGCCAUGGCGAGAAAUCGACGCGAUGCUUCGUCGUUAGCAAGUGAUUUGUGUAGUAGUUAUUUCGGCUCGGAUUAUCCCUAUGCCUGCAACAAUCAAAUGAUGUGUCUCUACUGUAGUGGUAGCAUCGGUGAUGGCAUGUGUCAAGUAUGCAACGGACGCAAUGAGUGCCCGGACGGCGAGGACGAAGAAGGGUGCCAAACCAGUGAAGUGCCAGUUCUGAACGCCAUGUGCCCAAGCAACUAUCCCUACAGCUGCGCAACAAUGGGAACAGCCGGUAUUGUCCUUUGCAUCUCAGAUGGUCAGAUAUGUGAUGGAAUAUUUCAAUGUAGUGAUGACAGCGACGAGUACACAUGUGGAUUCGGCAUCACUAAAAUGUGGUAUGAUGAGAUUGCAGACUACAAUUACAAUGACCCUGAUAGCAGUACUGGAGUUAUUGGUCAUUUCACACAAGUGGUGUGGGCUGAAAGUACUAAACUGGGAUGCGACUAUGCCCUGGAUAGCAACAACAAGGUUCACAUCGCAUGUGAAUAUGAGCCCUAUGGAAACUACGCUGGCCAGUAUACCAGCAAUGUUAAACUACCAAUCUCUUAAUUAUUAUUAUUAUCUCUUCUACUGGUCAAGUAGUUUUAUGAGACAUUAACUUGAAUAAAAAUGUAGCAUAAACCACA